UACUGUCUACAACAUCGCCAAAUUAUCUGAGAAAACUGGCCUCCUAAGAAUAUCCCCCGAAAUAACAACCACAAGUCGCUUCACGAUGGCGUCAAGCGGCGCGCUUGAGACCAACGGCGUCCGCAUCGCCGUCGAGGGCUGUGGACACGGCACCCUCAAUGCCAUCUAUGCGGCCGUCGAGAGAUCGUGCAAGGAGCGCCAAUGGGAUGGCGUCGACCUGGUCAUCAUCGGCGGUGACUUCCAGGCCGUUCGCAACGCCGCCGACCUCAACGUCAUGUCGGUGCCCCCAAAGUAUCGCCAGCUCGGCGACUUCCACGAGUACUACAGCGGCGCCCGCACCGCCCCCUACCUGACCAUCUUCGUGGCCGGCAACCACGAGGCCUCGUCCCACCUCUGGGAGCUCUACUACGGCGGCUGGGUGGCUCCCAACAUCUACUACAUGGGCGCCGCCAACGUGCUCCGCCUCGGCCCGCUGCGCAUCGCCGGCAUGAGCGGCAUCUGGAAGGGCUUUGACUACCGGAAGCACCAUCACGAGCGCCUGCCCUUCAACGCCGACGACGUCAAGAGCUUUUACCACGUGCGCGAGAUCGACGUGCGCAAGCUGCUGCAGCUGCGCACCCAGGUCGACAUCGGCAUCAGCCACGACUGGCCCCGCGCCAUCGAGAAGCACGGGAACCAGCGCCGCCUCUUCAAGAUGAAGCCCGACUUCGAGCGCGAGUCGCGCGACGGUUCGCUGGGCAACCCGGCUGCCGAGUAUGUGCUGAACCGGCUGAGGCCGCGGUUCUGGUUCUCGGCGCAUCUGCACUGCAAAUUCGCCGCCAUCAAAGACUUCGAGCCGCCAAAGCAGGAGGCUGAGAGCUCCAGUACCGCCCAGCCAGCCGCGCCAGCCGCCACCGCCACCAACCCGGACGAGAUCGACUUGGGUCUGGACUACGACGACGUUUACGAUGACGACGAGGCCUCCGCAGCAAGUGCAGCUGAGCAGCCAACAGCAGACACCGCUCCCGUCGCCGCCGAAGACGCCACGACCGAAGACCUCCGCGCCCAACUCCCCGCCGCCUUCGCCAAACCCGCCCAAGUCACCCGCCCCAUCCCGGGCCAGCCCGUGCCGCCGGGGAUUACCAACACCACCACCCGCUUUCUCGCCCUGGACAAGUGCCUCCCGGGCCGCAAAUUCCUCCAACUCCUCGAGGUCCCCGCCCACCCCCCUUCUUCUUCCUCCCCCUUAACCCGCCCGCUACGGCUGCACUACGACGCGGAAUGGCUCUCCAUCGUGCGCGCCUUCCACCCGCUGGUCAAGAUCGGCGACCGCAGCGCCGGGGCCGGCCCGGCCCCGGACCAGGGCGAGGCGCACUACCAGCCGCAGAUCGAGGCGGCGCGCGCGUGGGUCGACACGCACGUCGUCGCGGCGCGGGGGCUGGCCGUGCCGCUGGACUUCGCGGUCACGGCGCCGCCGCACCGGCCGGGCGUCGACCCGGAGCGCGUGCCGGAGCAGCCGCGCGAGUGGACGAACCCGCAGACGGCGCGCUUCUGCGAGAUGCUGGGCCUGGAGAAUUACUGGCACGCCAGCGAGGAGGAGAGGAAGGGGGCGCGGGAGGGGGUGAGGUAG